CACAAUUAUAAAGAAGAAGAAGAACCUAGUAACCUGACACUUUAAUUUCAAAAUUGUUAUUUACAAAAUUUUCAAUGAUUAGAUCAUGUUUGUAGAUUUCACACAAUGCCAAAUUAAUAUGUUUCAUAGGUAACAAUGAUCAGACCUCUAAGAUAUUUGCAUUUUUUCAAAAUUCCCCAAAAGGAGAAGAAAUAUGUUGCCAGAAAAUUGAUCGGAUACUCCAGUGAGCAAAUGUAUUCGGUUGUUUCGGACGUGAAAAAUUACCGACAAUUUUUACCUUUUUGCACCCAAUCAAUCAUACUGGAAUGCAAAGAUGAUGUUAUAUAUGCAAAUUUAGAGAUAGGGUUUCCUCCGAUAGUUGAAAACUACACAUCAAAAGUACUGCUCAUAAGGCCCCACAUGGUCCAUGCUGUGGGUCUUGACGGACGAUUGUUUCAUUCUUUGGAGACUGUAUGGAAAUUUGCCCCUGGACUAAAAAGCAAUCCCCAGUCUUGUAUUGUUGACUUUAGUGUCAGAUUCGAAUUUAAAUCUGUUAUACACAAACAACUGGCAUCCAUGUUCUUCGAUAAGGUGGUCAUGCAAAUGGAAUCUGCUUUUUUUAAUGAAGCAAAAAGAAGAUAUGGCAAAGAAUCAGUACCUAGUCAUAUUUUAAGUUAUGUAAAUAAUUGAAUUUACCAGUGAUAUUAUGCUUAUAAAAACAUAAAUAAGUAAAUUGCAUGUAUAAAGAAACAACACCAAAUUU